AUGGCUGGUCUCCAGUUGGCACUGCCUCUGCCUGUGGGCAUUAUGCUCCCACAUAAUAAAACGGAAGCUCCAGAGCUCCACUCAGCUAAGCAAGACCCCUCUGAAAAAGGUGACUCUUCCCAGCGGUCCUCUAUGGGGCACCCGAGGAACAAUGUCCAGCAGAAGCUUUUGAGCAACCAAGAGCAGACGCUGGAUAACCUCUACACUCACCCCAAAUGGAACACCUGCACGAAAGCCCAGAGCUACUCUUAUCCCUGCUGUGCUGGAAUCAGCCAGCAAGACUCAGGAAGCAAUCCCCAGGGCCAAGCAAAGUGUUUAUUUUACUCACCAGGCCCUCAAUCCCAGUAUCCCAAAGCAAAUAACCAGGAAUUCAUCCCCUUUACAAAGAAGCGAGUUGGGGUGGACCGGGCAUACCCACUGAAACCUGUGUUUCACCGGAAGCUACAUAGUACAGGUGAGGCUGGCACUGAUGGGGACCCGAAUGUCUCUCCAAGACCCCCUGAGCCAAGAAAGUUUUCAUACAAUAGCUUUGGUUCAAGGAACUGGGUGAAUUCAUCUGUGGUUGGUACAGUUGCUGCCAGUCAGGAGGACAGGGUCAUGGCAAACCCCAACAGGACGGAGUGGCUGCAGAUCCAAAGACUAGAGGCUGCAGGGGAGAGUUUAGAGGAGGAAAUCUGCAGAAAAGAGGCUCUUCUGAGGGAAAAGCUGAAGAAGACAGAGGAGGAACUCAGAAGGAUCCAGAAGGAAAAAGAACAGGCUGAGGAAAAUGAAAAAAGAGAGCUGCAGAGAAUGGUACUCCCCGGGAGGAGAGUUAAAGGCAAUACCACAUACAAACCUAUCUUCUCCCCAGAACUCAUGUCUGAGGAGGUCUUCAGUAGAGACACAGGAGAGGAUGAAACUUGGGGACGGUCUCAAGAAAGAUCUAGUCCAUUCCAGUUCUCUGAUUAUGGAGUUCAGAAGCUCAAAAGGGAAAGACUGGUGGCAAGCAAUAACAACAUCCGAGACCGAGUCUCAGGGCGAUUGAAGGAGACGUUUUCUCAAGCUUCAGAAGCGCCGCUCAGUGCUUUGCGGAGGUCCACCAGCAAUUCUAGCUCGUCUAGGGCACCACACUCCUCGGGCUCUGGCUGUUCCACUGAAGAGCCAGAACUGGGUGAGUGCAGCCACUGUGGCCGAAAGUUUCUCUUGCUCAGGCUGGAGAGACACUCCAACGUCUGCCGCAGGAUGCAGAGUUCCAAGAGGAAAGUGUUUGAUUCCUCCAGGGCCCGGGCCAAGGGCACAGAACUAGAGCAGUACUUGAACUGGAAGGGACCAGCCUCAGUCAAGGCUGAACCUCCUUGGAAGAGCAACUGGAAACAGAAGCACGAAUCUUUCAUCCGUACCCUCCGUCAGGCUCGAGAGGUCCAGCAGAUAAUUGCCAAAGGUGGAAACCCCUCCGACCUGCCUCCCAUCCUGCCUGCAGAAAAUCCAGACUAUAUUCAGUGUCCUCACUGUAGCCGCCACUUUGCUCCCAAGGUGGCAGAGUGGCACAUUCCUAAGUGUAAGACCAUCAAGAACCGCCCUCCACCUCCAAGGAAGCACUGCAGUUGAGCAGACAACAGUGGAAACUUCCUUGAUAGUCCAGAAGGCUCCGCUUCUCUUCAGCAGUAAAUGGGAGUAGAAUAAUUUGAUGCAGAGCAGAAAGAACUAAAACUUUUACAUCUCCCAGGUCUGCCUGCAGAGCUGAAAUCGGUGAAGAGAGAGAGACCCAUUGCUGAGCAGCAGGAGGCGACAGGAAGCCUCAGCUUCCCACUAAAUCACUGCCUGCGGCUGGGGCGCCUCAUGUUAUUGCCCUAAGAACUGAUGGGUGAGGGCACGUAAGAGUAGCGAGGCUACAUUAAAGCUCUCUUCUUGCAAGCCUGAUUGUGGUUUGUGCUAGUUAAGUGCCUGCAUUUGCUGUGCCUUCUUGCCACUGCCUCUGCAUGUAUGUCUAUGGCUUCUGUUAACUCCUCUUGUUCUUGCAAGAAGUUGGCUCGUUGGUAUCAGAGGAGAGGAUCAUUGUAUCUUAUAAAAAAUACAGUUUUGCCGUAAGACAAAUGACCUCUCUGAUACAUGGUCCUGGCCAAAAGUCAAUACAAGCAUGGAAGAUUCAGGCGCCAGUAUGUCCUAAAGCCUCCCCACGUUGUACUGUGUAAU